AUGAGGCUCUCCGGCGGUGUUAUUGGCUUUCUCUACGGCGGCGGCGCCGUGUCAGCGCUAAGCCUGCCGAACUUCUUCCCGCGAGCCGUUCGGCAUGUUGACCUAGCCCCGUUCGAGGAGGGUAGCUUUACGCUACUACCGCCCGAACAAGCGGCGGCAGAUGCCCAGAAAGAAGACCAGUUCGAUGCCUCCAAGGUCACUCAGCCCAGUGAAGUCGGCACUGGGAGCAUGGGGACUGAGGCCAUGGCGGCCGGCGAGGAUGCUGCUGCUGCCGGCACCUGCGAGACCCCGGCCAUCCGGACUGAGUGGCGCGACUUGGCUGAUGCAGACAAGAAGGCGUUUAUCGAUGCCGUCAAGUGUCUUAUCGGGAAACCCGCCUCUGGCAAUUUCGAGAAUUCGCACAAUCGAUACGAAGAUCUCGUAUGGGUGCACCAACAGAUGACAAACGAGAUACACAUGGUUGCCCAGUUCUUGCCCUACCACCGCUACUACUUGUCCGUCUUCGAGGCCGAGCUUCGCGAUCAGUGCGGCUUCGAGGGCGCUCUACCGUGGUGGGACGAGACGAAGGAUGCCGGCAAUUUUGCCAAGGCUCCUCUCUUUACUGACGACUACUUCGGGCCACUGCCUGCAAAGACGGAAGACGGAGGUACCUGCAUCGAGACCGGGGCUUUUGGUGGAUUGACCCUGCACAUUGGUCCAGGUGGUGCUUUCACUGAUCACUGUCUGUCGCGUGCGCUGGAUGAGUCCUUGACCGCCCAGAGUAAUAGCGACUUUGUGUCGAACUGCAACUCGCAUUCGAACUACAGUGAGAUGGAGAGCUGUGCCGAAAUGGGCCCACACGCCUACACCCACAACGGCAUCGGCGCCGUAAUGGCGGAUGUAGCAUCAUCCCCUGGUGACCCUAUCUUCUUCAUGCACCACGCCUUUGUAGACCAUAACUGGCGUAUCUGGCAGAAUCCGGACCCAGAUAAUCGCCUGUACCAAAUCAACGGAUAUAGCACAAAAACAGAUCCUAAGCAGUCAUUGACUCUUGAUUAUGUCCUCACUUCAAAGGGUAUUAGACCAGAUGUUACUGUCCAAGAAGUGAUGAAUACUCUGGGUGGAUAUCUCUGUUAUCGGUACAAUUACUAG